AGCUCUUGUUGUGUACUGGUACCUAGUUUUAUCUGUUCUGCAGCAGAGUUAGUUAGUUCCAUUUUGAUAAUCUCCUGCUUUAAAUGUCUGUCAUUGUUUUCCAUGAACAGGUUGAAGACUGACUAGAAAAACAGAAUGCACCAAAAGUUUGUAACACCUGCACCAGAGCAUAUGCAUGACACCUACAGCUUACAUUUGACAGUGGCAGUUAGGACAGUAGUUAGAUUUUUAUUGAAUUCUGACAUGAUGUUGUGAAGAUGAUGGAGGCUACAGUAUUACGUCCUUUGGACUUAAAUAGCCCAGCAAACAGAAAAAGGAAAAGGAUAUGUACUUCUCCAUUCGUUUCACCUGUACCAAAAAAGAAUACUCAUGAACCUGAAGAUGUUGUACAAUUUUAUGAGAAGGGGACACAAACAGAUGGCAUUUUCCCAAUGUGUGUAUGUCAGGGAAGUCAACUUCAAAGAUCAAUUGCAAAGACAAACAGACAGAGCGAUACCAAAGAAAAUGCUGAUAUAAAUUGUGUAUUACGAAGUCUCCUGCAAGACAAUAAUGAUGAUCAGAGAAGUUCAUUAACAGCACAGAGAGGUUCAUUAACUGCACAGAGAGGUUCAUUAACAGCACAGACAGCACAGAGAGGUUCAUUAACCGCACAGACAGUACAGAGAGGUUCAUUAACAGCACAGACAGCACAGAGAGGUUCAUUAACCGCACAGACAGCACAGAGAGGUUCAUUAACAGCACAGAGAGGUUCAUUAACCGCACAGACAGUACAGAGAGGUUCAUUAACAGCACAGACAGCACAGAGUGGUUCAUUAACAGCACAGACAGCACAGAGAGGUUCAUUAACCACACAGACAGCACAGAGAGGUUCAUUAACCACACAUACAGCACAGAGAGGUUCAUUAACAGCACAGACAGCACAGAGAGGUUCAUUAACCACACAGACAGCACAGAGAGGUUCAUUAACCACACAUACAGCACAGAGAGGUUCAUUAACAGCACAGACAGCACAGAGAGGUUCAUUAACAGCACACAAUCAGGUAAAUUAAUUAUAUCCCAACACCUGGGUUUGAGACUUGUAUUGAUUUAGUGCUGUCACUUUGUCUUGACGUCCGUUUGCCACAAAGUUUGUCAGUUGAAAUUGAUAAUUUAAUUAAUGAUAAUUCGGAAGCAUGAUUUUAUAUAAAGUUGGCAUGGUCUUCUUAAAUAAUUCAGCAUAGUUAUGCCAAAUUAUAUUUUGUCUGUGUUAUUUCUAGUUUACCACUGGUUUGACUUCUACCAUUUUACUGGAGUGAUCAGUGCUGAUCCAGGGCUUUCCAUAAUUAUAUAACAGAGGCCUAUAUAAAGCCCCUCCCAAAUCCAAAAAUAUAGUACUUUUAGCGCGAGUAUUCAAAGAAAAGUCUAAAUAUUCUACUCAAGUUGGUGUAGGCAUCACACUUUGGUUUAAAUUUUGCAUGCAAGUAUAUAUGGCAAUCAUUUAAAGGCAUAUAGCUUUUAUUUUUAGCUCACCUGAGCCAAAGGCUCAUGGUGAGCUUUUGUGACCGCUCAAUGUCAGUUGUCCGUCAACAAUUUCUAAAAAACAUCUUCUUCUUGAAAACCACUGGGCAGAAUUACACGAAACUUGGCAGGAAUGAUCCUUGGAUGGCCCCCUUCCAAAAUUAUUACAAGAAUUGAAUUCCAUGCAUAACUCUGGUUGCAAUGGCAAUGAAAAGGAAAAUCUUAAAAAAUCUUCUUGUCCAAAACCGCAGAGCCUAGGGCUUUGAUAUCUGGUGUGUAGCAUUAUCUAGUGGUCCUCUACCAAAAUUAUUCAAAUUAUCCCCCUAGGAUUAAAUAUGGCACUGCCCCGGGGGUCCCAAGUUUUACAUUGACUUAUAUAGGAAAAAAAAGUUUAAAAAUCUUCUUUUCCGAAACCACAACACUUAGACCUUUGAUAUUUGGUUUGUAGCAUUGUCUUAUGGUCUUCAACCAAAAUUGUUCAAAUUGUACUACUGGGGUGAAAAGAGGCCCUGCCCUGUGGGUCCCAAGUUUUGUAUAGACUUAUAUAGAAAGAAACUUUAAAAAUCUUU